AUGACUUCCCAAGAUCUCGCACGACCUUCUUUACCGAUCGCAAUCCCCCAUCGACAGCAAGAAGCCUCCAGCGACGUCUUCCCUUCGUUGAAAAUCCACGUUAAGAUCAAGCGGAAGAAGACAAAUUUCCACGGACAAUCCGAGUUCGACGUAUUCGCGAGCCCCGUCGUGUUGACCGAUGCCACCAGCCUUCGGUAUGAUUGCUACACCACCAUCGUCGAAGGUGAUACGCAGCUCACGUACUCGCUGGUGGGUGGCGCUAGCUACCUGGUGACCAAGAAAGACGGCGCCAACACUGAAACAGUUCAGUGCCUUCCGUCAGGAGCGCUGUCCUUCGACUUGGUCUUGCCGGCGCUGAACGAUGUGGUGCCGAUUCCCAGCGCUUUGAUAGGCAACGCCAGUGUCGACUGCGCGAGUGACAACCUGUUCAAGACCUCGUAUCAUGACGCGAUUUUCGCCGUCUGCGCUUCGGGUUCGUCCGGGUUCACCGCGACGGGCCUCGACUUGACACUUGACGUGGAGUACCUGCAGAAUCCCGUCAGCAUUUCGGUGCCAAAGCUCACCGAUGGGUCACCACCGUGUGAUAGUGUAGCAAUGCCCACAAAAGUGGCGCCGACAACACGCGCGAUACUCACUGGCAGCUCACUUCCCACGGCUACAUCGAGGCGCUUGAAAGCAUCUGCUCCCAUGGCUAUUGAGGCCAAAUCGUGUACGUGUAAGUCCAUACCUCGUCCCUGCGUCUUCUUGCAUGGUCUGGGUACCUCGAAUGAAAGAGCGGAGCUGCAAGAUACUCCAAAGUUGACCCAGGAGAAGUUCGGUAACAUCGGAGACCACGCUCCGUGCUGCACCAGUGUCAAGUACGCAGUCAUUAAUACCGUCGACGCUGGGUGGAGGAAUGACACACUGCAGCAGAAGUUCUGUGACUUCUCGCUCUCCAUGAGCGAGUCUAGCGACGUGGCCACGGGGACCAUUGCGGAUACUAUCGUGGUGACGCACUCGAUGGGCGGCCUCGUGAUGGCGGCAGCUCUCGCGAAAGGCAAGUUUAAAUUCGCGGAAAGCACGUCGUGGGUCAGUCUGAGCGCUCCGAUGAUGGGAAGUAUGGCCGGAGACUUCAUACGAGACCUGUGCGACGGUGAAUUCACGAAAAUUGUCGCCGGGGUGCUGGAUCUAAUCGGCCAAUGCCCCGCGUCCACGGCGAAAAAGUCGAUCAUUUACCAGAACGAGAAGUACAGCACCCCGGAAAUCAACGCGGCGUACACUGCAGCCCAGGAAGCCUACCGCGGGAAUGUGACAGCCGCGAUCUGCAGUACGAGCUACCACGGCGUCUUGUCCAAGUUCACGCCGUCCUGCCUAGUUGGAGGCAAGCUGAUCCCGCACAAGUCGAAACAAAACGACGCGCUCGUGGAGUUCCAGAGCGGCUUGGGCGGCCUCGACCCGAAUCUGUUUGGCGACAGCUACCUCGACCGCUUUUACGCAUCCAAGCUGAAUCACGCCGACACGGCAUCUCUGACGCACGAUGGAUUCUUCAGAGACUCGCAAAAGCCCUUCAAGUGGUUCGAGUGUCUGCUCUAG